AUGACUUAACUUUCAUUUAAUGUACUUUUCUAUUUGCUAAUCUUUUAAGUUUCUGAAAUAGCAUCAAGGGUUUUCAAAUUUAGUGAUUAGACUUUUUAUAAAGAAGAAGAAAUUAUUAUUUAAUAGUCAUUAUUUUCUUAUGAAGAAACUAAUUGUUCAAUUCAUAUAAAGUUUGGAAAUUAAGAUUUUUAGAAUUUAUUUAGCUUUACUAGUAUUUAUUCUGAAAAUGUUGAUGUUUAAAAAAUUAUUUUAGAAGAAACUAAAGUACAGUUAGAUUUUAUUAGAAUUCAAAAAUAUAAAGAUAUUAAAAUUAGAGUCAUUUUAUCAUACAACAAUUAAUAUUUAUAAAAUUAGUAACCUAUUCUUCAAUACAAAACUAAAUGCUUAAAUCAUACAAAUAGCUAGAUUCAAAAAAGAUUGUUAUAAAAAUCUUGUACUGGUAAUACCUAUUAUGAAAUUAUAUACUAAGAAUGUAUGUAGUGUGGAUAAUAUUGUAAAGGUUGUACAAACUAUUACUAGUGUAAUGAUUGUAUUAAUAAAGAUAUAACAGGUAGAUAUGAUUAUUUAUAUGAUAAAACUUGUGGUACCUGUAAUGAUGGAUUAAAGACUUCAUUAACAAAUAAUCAAUGUAAAGGAAAGUCAGAUAAAUGUAAUGAUAUUUCAAGUGAUGGUAGAUAGUGUAGGAGUUGUAAAGAUAUUAGACUUUUUAUUAACGAAGAAUUAGCAACUUGUUAAAAAUGUGACACUAAUAAUGGGUGGUAUAUAAGUGGUUAGUAUUGUAGAAGGUGCCCAUAUCAAUGUUUAUCAUGUAAAGGACCAAAUCCUAAUGAUUGCAUUACUUGUAGAGAGAGAUUAUUGAAAUAUGAUGAUGGAACAUGCUAAUUUAAUCCUAAUUAACUUUGCUCUGAUGGUUAUUAUAAAUCUUAAUAAAAUUGUAUUAAAUGUCCAAGUAAAUGUACAAAAUGCGCAUCUGACAAAAAAUGUGAUGAGUGUGAAGGAGGUUCUUAUAUUAUGCAGAAUUAAUUAUGUGGAGAUUGUUUGAUAGGUAAAGGGGAAUUUAUUAAUGGGAAAUAGUGUUCUAAUUGUUCAGAAUAUUGCUAAUCUUGUUAAAAUUUGAAAACAUGCUAAGUUUGUUAAAAUAGCUAUUAUUUGAAAGAAGAUAACUCAGGGUGUAUGAGUUGUCUUUAAAAUAGCUAAUAUUUUAUUGAUGAGAAAUAUUGUAGAUUAUGUGAUUCUAAAUGUUUAACAUGCUCUGAAAAUAAAACAAAAUGUUUAUCAUGUGUAGUAGGGCUUUUUUUAACAAGCGAUAAUAAGUGUAUAAAAUGUGAUUAAGAUGGAUUUUAUAUUGAGGGAUCCAAAUGUUUACCUUGCAAUCCUGAAUUAAAUUGCUAAAAAUGUAAUAGCAGUAAAUCUUGCACUGAGUGUAGUUCUGGACUAUUUAUUUAAUCUGAUAUAAAUAAUGAAUGCGAUAUUUGUAAGGAUGGUUUUUUCACAUCAGGUAAUUAUUGCAAGCGCUGCAAAGAAAAUUGUUAUAAAUGCAAAGAUUUGAAUAAUUGUGAAAAGUGUGCUGAUGGAUUUUUUUCCAAAAAUGGAAUUUGUACUUUAUGUCCUGAAGAUCUAAAAUGCAAAACUUGCUCAGAUGAAAAAACUUGUUCCAGUUGUAAUAGUGGUGAAUUUAUUUAGCCUAAUAAUACAUGUAAUACUUGCAAAGAAGGAUAUUACAUAGAUGGUAUAUUUUGUAAAAAUUGUAAAUAAAAUUGUUUAAAAUGUAGCUCAUAGGAUACUUGUAGCUAAUGUACUGAUGGAUAUUUUCUUAAAUCUGGUAACUGUGAAUCUUGCAAUCCUUCAUUAAAUUGCUUGACUUGCUCAGAUAAACUUUCUUGCACAUCUUGCAUUAAAGAUAAGUAUAUAUAUCCAGAUGGUAAAUGUGAUUUUUGCUUAGAAGGGUAUAUUAUUGAAGAUUAAUUUUGUAAAAAAUGUUCAGAUAAUUGUUAAAAGUGCUCAUCAGUAUCCUAAUGUACUUAAUGCUCUUAGGGAUAUUUCUUAAAAGGAAAUGCAUGUAAGUAAUGUACUCCUCAAAUGAAUUGCUUAACUUGCUUAGAUGAAAGUUCUUGUGAGUCUUGUGAGUCAGGUAAAUUUAUCAAAGAAGAUAAAAGAUGUGAUAAAUGCGAAGAUGGGUUUUUUGUUGAAAAUAAAUAUUGUAAAAAAUGCAAAGAUAACUGUGCUAAAUGUAAAUCUUAGGGUGAAUGUGAAAAUUGCUCAACAAAUUAUUAUUUUGAAGAUAUAGCUAUUUCACCAAAUUGCGUUUAAUGUUAGGGUCCAAAUAAAUUCAUAUUUAAUAAUAAUACAUGUAAAAAUUGCAGGGAUGGUUUUAAUUGUUUUUCCUGUAACAACGAAAACUCAUGCUUAACUUGUGACACAAAUAGCUAAUAUAAAUAUUUAUAUCCUAAAGAAGGCAAGUGUGUAGAUUGUAAGCAAGAUGGGUUUUAUGUUAACGAUGAUAAAUGUUUAUAAUGUAAUUAAAGCUAUAACUGUCAAACAUGUUCAAGUGAUACAAAAUGCUUAACUUGUUUAAAAGAUUAUUUUCUGAAUAAUUUAGAAUAAUGUGUUAAAUGUGAUUAGGAUGGUUAAUAUAUUGAUGGGAAUUAUUGUAAAUCAUGUAGCUCUUCUUUUCCUAAUUGCAAAUAAUGCUCCAAAGAUGGAUGCAAAGUGUGUCAAACUAAGUUUUAUCUAUAUCCAGAUAAAACAUGCAGUGAUAUUUGCAGUGAUACUUAUUACAUAAACCAGUAAGAUUGUAAGCCUUGUGAAAACAAUUGCAAAACUUGUGACAAUUAAUUUGAAUGUAAAACAUGUAAAGAUACAUAUUUUCUAUAGCCUGAUAAAACAUGCAAAUAAAUGUGUUCAGAUGGCUUUUAUACAACUCCUGAUAACAGGUGUCUGUAAUGUAAUCCAAAAUUAAAUUGUAAGACAUGUUCUAAUGAUUCAUCAUGCAACGAAUGCUAAGAUUCAUUCUUUAAAAAUAAAAAUAAUAUUUGUGUUCCUUGUACAGAGAGUGGCUUCUAUAAAAAAGAAAAGCAGUGCUUGGAGUGUAAAUAAGAAUUGAAUUGCUAGUCAUGUGAAGAAGAUAAAUGCCUAAGUUGCAAAUAAACAAAUGAAUAUAUUCAAGAAGAUGGCAGUUGUGCUAUAUGCAAGGAAGAUGGAUACUUUAUUUAAGAUAAAUACUGUAAAAAGUGUAACUCUUUAGCUAAAUGUAAAACUUGUAUAAAUAAAUCUGAAUGCUUAACUUGUUAUCCUCCUGAUAAUUUGUAAAAAGACAAAACUUGUGGGUAAUGCUUGUAAGGUUAAUAUUCUGAGUUAGGUCUUUGUAAAUCAUGCAAACCAGAUUAUAAUUGCAAAACUUGUGAAAACGGGAAUAGUUGUUCAUCGUGUCCUGAGAAUCUUUUUAUAGAUUUCUAAAAUAAAUGUUAAGAUUGUAAAGGAGAUGGUAUUUUUAUUGAAAAAACAACAAAUUAAUGCAUGAAAUGCAACGAAUUAAAAAAUUGUAAAACAUGCGAAAAUGUAAAUGAUUGUAUUAGUUGCUCAAGUGGUAGUUAUUUAUAUGAUGAUAAUUCAUGUAAACCAUGUGGUGAUGGAUACUUUAUUGAAGGAAAUAGAUGUAAAAAAUGUAAUUAAACGUCUUUAUUUUGUGCUACUUGCUCUAAAAUAGACUCUUGCGAUAGCUGCUUAGAUGGAUAUUAUCUGGAUUAAAAUAAAAUAUGUGUCAAAUGCGAUUAAAAUGGAUAGUAUAAAGAAGGAAAAUAAUGCAAAAACUGUGAUCAAAAGUUAAAUUGUUUAACAUGUUCAAAUGGAAAUUCUUGUGAAACUUGUAAAGGUGAUGACAAAAUUCAAGAAAACUUAAGUUGUGCUCCUUGUAUUUAAGGUUAUUUUGUCGAAGGAAAAUUUUGUAAAAAAUGCUAAGAAACUUUUAAAUGUUAAACUUGCUCUAGUUUUAAUGCAUGUGACACCUGCUUCCCAGGAGAUUUUUUAAAACCUGAUAAAAGUUGUGGAAAGUGUUAAGAUGGUUUUUUCUAAAAUUUAAUCACUAAAAAUUGUGAUACAUGUUAUAAAAACUGUAAAACAUGCAAAGGAGGUGGAGAAAAAGAUUGUUUAACUUGCAAUAAUUCGAAUGAAUAUCUAUUUCCUGAAGGAAAUUGUGGUAUUUGCAGAGAAGAAGAUGGAUAUGUAUAGAAAGAUAAUUACUGUAUUCAAUGUGCUCGAAACUGCUAAAAAUGUUCAGGUGCUAGUGUAAGUGAAUGUAUUUCUUGUAAAAGUGAUUAUAGUUUUAUGAUUGAUGGAAGAUGUGACAAAUGCGAUUACAACUAAGGAAAAUUUAUUGAUGAGGUUACAAAAAAAUGUAGAGAUUGCCAUAACACUUGUAAAACCUGCAGAGGAGAAAGAGAGGAUUAAUGUGAUGAAUGUCAAACAGGUUAUAUAAAAGAUGAUUAAGAGAAAUGUAAGAUAUGUAAAAUAAAUGAUGGUUAAUUUUUGGAUCCAAAUGAAAAAUGCUAAGUUUGCCAUAUAAAUUGUUAGACCUGUAAUGGAAAAGAGGAAAAUAAAUGCUUAACAUGUAGGCCAGGAUAUUACAAAGAUGAAAUCGAUGUAGGAAAAUGCGUUAAAUGUGAUACAGAAAACGGCUUUUUUAUUUCUGGAGAAUACUGCAAAAAAUGCCACCCAACAUGUAAAAAAUGUCUUAAUUCUUCAUCAGAAAAUAGCUGUAUAGAAUGCAGUGGUGAAAGAUUACUUCAUAAUGAUAAUACAUGCAAAAAAUGUGAGACAUAGUAAGGAUUUUAUAUUUAAGAAAAUGGUAUAUUAAGCUUAAGAAAAUGUUUGAAUUGCCACAUAGAUUGUCUUACUUGUAAAGGAGGUAAUUAAAAUGAGUGUAUUUUGUGCAAAGAAUAGCACACUUUCUUUGAUGGGAAUAGCAUUUGUAGAAAGUGUCAUAAAGAUUGUGAUACAUGCAAAGGGCCUGAUUAAAACUAAUGUGAACGUUGCUUAACACCAAAAAAAUAUUUAUCAACAGAUUCAAAUAUUUGCUCUACAUGUAAAUCCAAUGAGUAUAAUGAUGGUACCAGAUGUAAGGAUUGUUCUCCUAACUGCAUGAAAUGUGUAUAAUAUGAUAUUUGUUUAGAUUGUGGUAAUGACACUCAUCUUAAAAAUGACAAAUUUUGUGGCAAUUGUGAUUAAAAUCAGUAUGUAAACGAUAAAAAUGAAUGCAGUCCUUGCCACUCAGACUGCUAAUCAUGUCUAGGUCCUAAUAAAACUGAUUGUAAAAAGUGCCAAGAUGAAAAUCUCAGAGUAAAUAAAAACAGUAUAUGUGGUACAUGUGAUUCAAAUUAAUAUUCUGAUUAGUAUAGAUGCCAAGAUUGUCAUAGAGAUUGUAAAAAGUGCAAUGGAGGAAAAAAUACUGAGUGUACUGAGUGUAAUGAUGCAUCGAAAUAUUUUUGUAAUAAGGAAGAUAUUAAAAAUUUUUAUAUCAAGCAUGGUAUUGAAUAAAAAUGCUAAAAAUCUUGCUUGAAAUGCCAUGAAAAUUGCUUAACUUGUUUUGGGGAAGGAAAGAAUUAGUGCAUGACAUGUGCUAUAGGUAUUCUUUAAAAAGACUUUUCUUGCUCAAAAGAGUGUAAUGAAGGUGAAUUUUUUGACGAAACAACAAAAUCUUGUGAGGAUUGUCAUAGCAGCUGCAAAUCAUGUUUCGGUAAGGGGAAUAAUUAAUGUACAGAAUGUUCAGACGAUAAAGCAUUUUUAGAUUAAUUUAAUACUUGUGUUUAUGACUGUGGUGAAGGAUACAAAAAAAACGUUAAAACUAAAAAAUGUCAACAAUGCUUAUACUAGAAAAAUCCUGAUAACACCAUGGUCUGUGUGCUUGAAUGCUUAGACAAUUAAUUUAUUGAUACAACAACUCGUUAUUGCACAAAUUGUGAGAAUAACUGUAGUAAAUGCACUUCUUUAACUUUCUGCACAGAAUGUGUUUAAGGUAUGCAUUUUUCAAGUAAAGAUCAAGAAAGUUGUAAAGUCUGUGAAACAAAUGAGUUUGUAACUGAGUAAAAUGUUUGCUAAGUUUGCCCUUUCUUAAAUUGUUUACAAUGUAAUCAAAAAUAAUGCACAAAAUGUAUGUAUAAAUUUUUGGUGAAUGAUAAGACAGGAUUAUGUGUUUACGAUAAAAGAUAUGACAGCUAUGAAUGUGAAGGAGUGAGCAGAGAUGAUGAUAGCUGUUAGCAAGAAAUAGAUUUUAUCAACAAAUCAGAUUUAUUCAUGAAGACUACUCAGUAUACUUCGCUUAGUUUGUAAGUCGUUGGAUCAUUUUAUAUUGGUCUUGGCUCAUUUACUUAGGGUUCUAUUUUAUUUCAACAGGUUAUAGGAAAUAACAUGCUUUAAGGAAAAGUUUUAAAGACCCUAAGCUUAGGCCCAACAUAUUACGAUCAAAACUAUCAAAUGAAUAUACUAAGUUUGAUCCCAAAUCCUUUAUCUUACAUUUAUUCGUAUGAUAAUUUCGUCAAUAAAAGACCAGAAGACAAUAUGUCAUUUAGGACUGAAACUUAAUAAGAGACUAACUAAACAAGUAAAUAAAGUUCUCAUAGAUUGCUUGAAAAUUAUCUUGUGAAUAAUGGCCUCUCCUUUAUUUAAUCUAGAGAUAGCAGUGUUGGCUUUAUAGAUAGCUUUUUAAAGUACCUAUUCGUCAUGGGUUUUGUUGGAAUAGUUAUUCUGGUUUUCAAUUUGAUGAAUCCAAACAACAACAAAAUAAUUCAAUAUUUUCAUGAUAACAAGUACUGCAUUUUUAUAUAAUUGCAAAUGCUAUUUUCUAACUUUAUGUAUGUGCAAAUAUUUAGAUCAAUCACCAGUAUUGAUUUCUAUAAUCUUUAAGAAGUUGACUACAUCAGCAUAGGCUUGCAAGUACUUUAUCUGAUAUUUUUCAUCUUCUUUGCUCUUAGAUUCCUUUAAAAGCUAAUCAGAUAUAAUCCGAAAAAAGGAAAUUUUGAAGAUAUUAAAAAUUAUAUUGUCCUUAUAUAAAACUUAAUGAUUAAUGAACACUACAACAAGUAUUACUGGUACUACUUUGAAUUGAGGAAAGUAUUUUAGUUAUUGUUUAUUUUUUUAAUUGCAAAUCCUCUAGCAUCUUCAAUCCUAGUUCUAAUAACUAAUUUCGUGUUUUUAUUUUAUCAUUUCUAUAUGAAGCCUUUCAUAGUCCUAACCGAAUAAAGAUAUUACUAUACCUUGGAAACUUUGAAUUUCAUAAACAGCAUAUUUGUAUGUUUAUACUUGAUAACCAAUUACAAAAUAUGUGCAUGGUUGACAUUACUAAGUCUGACAGUAAUUAACGUAGUAAUAGUAAGUUUCACUAUCUUCCUUGUAAUAAAAGGUUUAUAUAUCAAAUUUUUUUAAAAGAGAUUUAUUAUUUCUACUGACAGCAAGUCAGACAUAGAAUAUAAGUGGAAAUAUAUCAACUAAAAUAAUAUAGGUUCUAAAAAAUUCCUUAAAUUAAAAUAAAUCUACAAUAAUCAUGUAAAUGCAUACAAUACAUAAAAUAAUAAUAGUGCAAUAUUAAAUAAUUCUUCAUUGAGUUCAAAUUUAAAUUCAUUUAGCAAUGAAUAACCUGUUGAUGUUGGCGACUUAUCAAUCAAAUGGAGUAUGAAUCCCAUGCAUGCCAGGCACAUUGCAAUGCAAGAAUUUUCAAAACAAGACUCACAAAAAAAAUAAAUUGAAAAUCCUUUUAAGUAGACCUAUUCUAUAACUUCAAAACAAACUUUCAAAUGA